CGACAUCACCACCCUCCUUCCACGCACACAAGCUACUCCUUCAGCACUGCCCAUACAUCUGUUGUGGAAACGCUGCAGCCCGCUGGUCUGUGUCUGGAUCCCUCACUCGCACAGAGCUGCUCAAGACCCUCCCACCGGCUGGGCUGGGAAAGGAGGAGGCAGUGUGUGCUCUGUUAGUAGCUUCGAACGAGCCCCCUUUACCACCCUGUCAGUGUGGAGGAGAAGGAGAGAGAGAGGCUUGGAUACUGAGUGACAGAGGAAGCACACGCGAGAGAGUCAGGCUGCUUCGAUGAGCGAGAGAGCCGAGGAAGAAUAAGGAGCACGUUUUAUAGAAGCAGAUAACAGGAUCACAGACGAGGGACUUCAGGACACAAUUGCUGUCUUUUUUUUGUAAUCACUUGUCUGCUAACUGGAACUGUCGGAUUGGUUAACCAACCAGUGGAUUUUUGAAUAUUUGCCUGUGCCACAUCAUUUAAAAACUGGGAUCUUUCUCUUUUAUCUGUGCUCCUGCUGGCUCCUCUGCUACAGACUGAUUGCUUUCCGUGUCUGUGUCAAGCUCUGUUGUUGUGAGACAAAGUGCAUCUGUUGGCAACUGGCACUGACGAUAUCUUCUUCUGUCAAGCAGGACAGACAUUGUCAAAUCAGAGGAGAGAGAAAGUGUACGUGUGCGUGAGUGUGUGUGUGUGUGUAAGAGGUGGGAAAGACAGAAAGCGAGAGGCAGUGAGAGAGUGCGAUUAAAGCCAAGCCAAAGGACUGAAGUGAACAGCUUGAAUAGAGAAGUGACCCUAUACGUCCUAACCCGUUUUUCCUUGCCAUUCCUUUCCUCCUCCUCUCCUCCUCCUUUUCCUCUCCCAUUCUCAACAUUCUUAGGACUGCCAGAGCUACUGCCACCUGCACCUCCUUGCGUCUCCUCUUUCCUCUUCCUCUUCUACCUCACCCUAACUAUCCAGUCGCGAACUCGCCGCUCUCCGUUCUUGGCACUUUAGAAAAAUAUUUCUGGUCUAUCAGUAAGUGGGCACCUGCCUGGUACCAAGUGUCUGGAACAGCGAGGCAAAAGUAAUCAGGAGCUCCCUCAUCAGAGGCGGACCUUCUCGGAAGCCCAGUCCGACACACAGAUCUUGCCUUCUCCCCAGAGGACCGGCUUGCAACACACUGGUGCAGACAGCAAAGCCUGGAAUUGCACAGCCCCACCGUCGCCUCCACCACAUUUCUAGCUACUUGGCAGCUCCCGCCCCCGUGUCACCAUUCCCUGCCUCAGUGCUAAGGAUUCCAGCUACAUGGGCAAGCGAUUGGAGCAGCAGCCAAUGUACCCUCAGUACACCUACUACUACCCCCACUAUCUCCAAACCAAGCAGCCCUAUGCUCCACCCCCUCAUCCCAUGGCUCCUCCCAGCCCCAGCACCAACAGCUGCAGCCAGGGAGGGGCGGAGCAGCUCAGUAAGACCAACCUGUAUAUUCGCGGUCUGCCACCCGGAACCACCGACCAGGACCUUAUCAAGCUCUGCCAACCGUAUGGAAAAAUAGUGUCAACCAAAGCCAUUCUCGAUAAGAACACUAACCAGUGCAAAGGUUAUGGCUUUGUGGAUUUUGACAGUCCAGCUGCAGCUCAGAAGGCCGUGUCAUCUCUCAAAGCCACUGGGGUGCAAGCCCAAAUGGCCAAGCAACAAGAGCAGGACCCCACAAACCUGUACAUCUCCAACCUGCCAGUGUCGAUGGAUGAACAAGAGUUGGAGAAUAUGCUGAAGCCCCUGGGUCACGUCAUCUCCACAAGGAUACUUAGAGAUGCCAAUGGGGUCAGCAGAGGGGUCGGUUUCGCCAGGAUGGAGUCAACAGAGAAGUGUGAAGUUGUGAUACAGCAUUUCAAUGGAAAAUACCUGAAAACCCCACCAGGAAUCCCAGCCCCCACGGAGCCUUUGCUGUGCAAAUUCGCAGACGGAGGGCAGAAGAAACGUCAAAGCCAGAGCAAGUAUCCUCAGAAUGGGAGACCGUGGCACAGAGAAGGGGAGACUGGCAUGGCGUUAACGUACGAUCCUGCUGCAAUGCAGAAUGGUUUCUACUCCUCGCCUUACAGCAUCGCCACCAACCGCAUGAUCGCACAGACCUCCAUCACGCCUUUCAUUGCUGCUUCCCCUGUUUCCACAUAUCAGGUCCAGAGUACGUCAUGGAUGCCUCAUCAACAAUAUGUUAUGCAACCGACAGGUGCAGUGAUCACGCCAGCCAUGGACCACACUAUGUCCAUGCAGCCUCCCAGUAUGAUGGGCCCUCUAACCCAGCAGAUGAACCAUCUGUCCCUGGGCACUACAGGAAGUUACAUGACUGCUGCAGCUGCCGCCGCUGCACCUAUGCAAGGGACCUACAUUCCCCAGUACACUCCUGUGCCUCCAACAGCCGUCCCUGUCGAAGGAGUGGUGACAGAUGCCUCACCCCAGACGGUGGCUCCUUCAUCACAGGAGGUGGCUGGCCAGCAGCAACAGAUCCAGGUGGACGGUGCCGAUCACGUUCCUGCUUACUCAUACCAGUCCAAAUAGCAACGGCCUGAGCGAAUGUUCCUGUGACAGCGUUGCCUUGAGACAGAGGGUGGCUGCACUGUGAAUGUGAGGAAAAGAAAGAGAUUACUUCCAGAUUGCCCAGGCACCAAAAAAGAGACACUUUUUUUUUUUUCAUUUCCUACCUGGCCUACAAGAAAAAAAAAGAAAAUCAAGACUGAGGCAAAGAGUGCUGAGGAAAAGAGGGGAUGUGGGGGAAAUUACUGGGCACAGUGCAAAGAAGUAAAUUGUUUUAGUCUGGGAAUGAAACCCGCCUGAAGGGCUGGGCUGAAGCUUGAAAAGUUUCUCAAAGAAAAUUCUCAACUAAUAAAAAAAAAAAUAAUUAGAAAAGGCAAAAAAAUUAAAUAAAAAGAGAAAACUAAAAAAAUAUAUAUAAUAAAAAUGGUUGAAUGCGCUGGUAGGUGAUGAAGUUUAUUUUGUAAUUAGAAAGGGGGAGGCAAAGUUUGAGAUACACACAGAGAUUGUCUUCCUCAGAUAUUAAGCUACGGUUUCUUUUCAGUCUUUUUUUUAUGUUCUAGUGUUAAAGCUUAGUUUUCUAGAUGUAUUUGAAAAAAAAGAAGUUUUUUGUUCUUUUUUCUUGAAUCUUCAUGGCCUUAAUUUGGAGGGCGCCAGAAACUUUUUACAGAGUGAAAGUCUGACGUCUAGUUGGGAGGGUUUAAAAACAAAAAAACAAACAAAAAAAAAAAGCAAACAGUCUCUUGGACCUCUAUGGGAAGGGGUUCGAAAUGCUGAAUGAGUUGCUCUAAAGAAAAAAAAAAAAAGAAUCUAUCACAUAAGCUGUACAGAUUUAAUAGAGAAAAGCUUUUUGUUUCAUUUCUUCGUUAGAAGAAAACUUUGAUAAUUAUUAUGUCAGAGGUAACUACGUGUCAGAAGUAAACAAAAUGUCUGUUGUCGGGAUGGGGUGGGAGGGUGACGCAUCGAAGAGAUUUUACACAAUGGGAAAAAGUAGAAAACAUAAGAAGACACGCUGCGCUGUGGGUGCAGCCUGUUGCAAAUGCUGAACUUGUUUUUUUAUUCUCAUUAUCAUUUUACAUGCCGCUGUCGAUGACAUUAGUGCUUUUUAUCGGCCACAUUUUACCUUUUUUAUGAGCUUUAAGAUGUUUCUAGACUGCUUUGCUUGUCACACUGCAAAAAAAAAGAUAUAUAUAAAAAAAGAAUAAAAUGCAAAAAAAAAAAAAGAAAAAAAAAGUCAAAUAACUUCUGGCAGUGAAUUAAAACAGUAGAUUGAGUAGGAGCUUAUGGUUUAAACCAAUCAGUGCAAAAGCAAUAGAAGAAAUUGUUGACAAUUUCUGUAGUCUUUCCUAGAUGUGGAUCAAAUGCAGCCCAUGGAUGGCCAUUUUUAUACCAAAGAUGAAGAGACACUCUGAACCAGAGUUUUGCUUUUGUUUUUCCCCCCUUUUUUCAUUUUUAAGUUUGUUGUUAAUGUUGAUGUUGUUGAUGUUAAUGUUGUUGAUGCAGUUGUUGUUGCAGUUGUCAUCAUUUGUUUGUUUGCUUAUUUUUCUUCUUUGUUUUUUGUUUCUGUUUUUGUUUUGUUUUGUUUUUCUACCUUAAUGGCCGGACCAGUCCUACAAUCCUUCUCAACAUGUUGCUUUACUCAGAGUCAGGAUCGUUUUUCAUGCUUGUCCGAUCUGUCUCUCUUUCUCUUACACACAUCCACACACGCAAACAUACCGCAAAUUUUCUCACAGACCACACGUACAACCUCAAUAAUAAUCGGACAGUAUUUCAUUGUGUGACGUGUUUUUUUAGCCUCCGUUGUGGAGGUGUUGAUGCUUUGAGGGUGUGUCUCACCUCUUGCUCAGAUCCUGCAGGGAAAAAGUUGGCUAGAGCAGAGGAGGAAGGUUGCUGGAAACACUCUGAGGUUUUUCCUCUCUGUGGUUUCUGUCUGUCUCUUUUUCCUUGUCGAUUCAACCAAUAUUAACUCAAACAUUUCUCAGCGAAAUAAGCUGCAGAGAGAAUCAGUUUGCUGCUAUUUUUCUUUUUAUCUUGCUCACUAUGCCAUCUCAACAGGCAACUUUCCUCACAUUUAAACAAACUGAGUGACAUUCUUUUAAAGCAGGUAAGUUACUAUUCAUAAAGAAAAUUGCACAACGCAGGCAUUAACAUGUCAAGAAGUGAUUGCAUAAACUUUGACACCAAAUGGCACUCUUCUUUUUUACCUUUACGGUAUAUUCCUGUGUAUUUACUCUCUUCGGUAAGGCAGCAUUAGGAGGCUGGAGGGCAGGCAAUGACUGAAACCACUUUCUAUGCUUCUUAUUUUCUUUUAGCUUGCAUUCCUUCUCUGUUAUAUUGUUUAGCUGCAAGUUUCAAAACUAACACGAAGUCUUCAUGUAGAACGUAGCACCAGGAAUCAUCAUUAAUCAAACGUAAACGUCAAUUAUUCAGAUUCAUGAAGGGCUGCACUAAAAGCUCUGCUCAUGCACUCUAGCAAGGCAGUGGUCCAUAUUGACAUUUGUUACACCAUAAAGGAUUUUUUUCUAUACUUUUUUUGCUUUUUGUUGAAGUGUCAAUUAUCUGAGCUUGGAGACUGCUGAGCCUUCAUCUAAAUCUGUAAAUGUGUUGGAAGUAGAAAGGCGAAAAAAAACCCACAGCUUCAAUGAAUGUUGAUGUUUAAAUGUCCAGUUGUGAAGUGGGCAGUAAAAGUCAGGCUCUUAAUUUGGGUAAAAACAUAUGAGCUAACAAAGUUAACUAUGUAGGUUAUUUUUGUAUUGUAAAAGUAUUUUUCGCCUGAUCAAGAUGUGCAAAAGGCUUUAAAAACAAAAAGUAUAUUUUAUAGUGGUAGCUAAACUUCACACUGAGAUUUGGAAAAAUAGAUCAUUUAAUUUGACAACAUAUUUUGGAAGGGGACACAUUUCAUGUCAUAUUUGACAUAAUCACCAGCAUAACAAUUGCCACCUUGCAAUGCAUUUUUGUACGAUAAUUCACUUUAAAUAUUUCAGGCUGUCUAAGGCAAAUGUUGCGUGCAGAAGGUUAUUUCUUCUACCGAUUGCUCCAAAUGGGCAAGACGAGGAAACGUAAUAUUUCAGCGUGAUAAUUUUUUGUUGAUAUUGCUCUCAUCUUCAGUUGAAGCAACGUUUAAAAUGUUUAAAACAGCUGGAAGUGUGGCAAAUAAGGCUGAAUGACCCAAGUUUGUUUUGUCACCAUGCACAGACAUUUACAGAAUUUUAGGGGCCACCAGCAAUUAUUCUAUGUCACUGUAGAAAAUGCUGUAUGGACAGGAACUGGCUGACCUGAAAAAGCCAUAAAAAUGUCCAUGUACGUCUCGUGUGUGGAGUAAUAAUUAGGUAUAACCCCAGCUUUGAUCGUAGAGCAUUACUUUAACACCAAAUUCUAUCUAUUUAAAGACGCUGAAGCCAUAUAUAUUUAUGAAUCCUAUAAAAAUUUUGUAAAAUAGCAACCCAGCUGUGGAAAUUUUGCUGACAAAAUGUUUCAAAAAUGCAGUUUAUAGCUUCAAAUAAGAGUGAAAACAAGUUAUUAGUCUGAUGUUAGGGGCAGGGGGAAGAAUUACAGACUUGCACAAUCGUUUUAUUUGUCUCCUUAUAAUAAUUCAGCUGCCAACACAGAAAGUUCAUGACCUAGCGAAUUAUAUUUAGGUUUUUUUCACUAGAAGCUGUAAAACUGCUUCCAUGCAGUUUGGGACUGUAACCAGUCCAAAAACAAAACGUUUGAGCAGAGAAAAGGCUGGCUAAAACCAAGCAAUGGUGCCUCGUUGCCAUCGGUUCUCCUCUGUGACGCUAACAAGUCUCAGUAGAAGUGUGUUUAAAGCCAAAAAAAGGACAAAUUGUCCUCAACACCUUCCUGAUUAUGUGCCCAGUGUGGCGGAUCUGUGGGAACUAAGUGCGCUCCUCACCAGCCAUAUCCAGUCACUGAUGGCAGCUCCUCGGUCGCCCUCCACUCUGAGUGCCCGUUAUGCCCCUCGUUAUCCCACCAGGUUGCACAAACAACUCCCUUUCCUCUGAUCCUGUCUUUCCAUCCUUGAGCUGCGUGAUGUUUGCAGUGACUUCACAUUUGUGGACUUUCCCCAAGGAAAUCGUCUGUGGGAGAACAGCAAUUUCUGCCCACAUUACAGCAGCCUGUUUGUGUUUUCAGUGUUCACCCUCCUGCUUUGCCCCAGCUGUGGUGCUGCAGCUAUAAAGAGAAAAAAAAAAAGAUAACUGGCAGAGUUUAUGUGCCACGGCGAGGCCAGGCUCCUUUCUGCUCUGAUUUUCCAUCCCUACCUCAUUGUUUGCCUCCUCCCUCUCAUAGUUUCUAUCUGAGGUUUCUCGUCUUUAUUAGGUGGUGCAAAAGCAGAACCGCAAACCAAUUUCAGUCACUCUUGCAAUGAGCCUUGACGGACCCAAUUUGUCACCCUCUGGGGCACAGGAUCCCUUCCAAUGUCCCGCAAAGACCCCUUUCUUCCUGAGAGAGAUGGAGAGGAGGAGCUUUUUGUUUGCUAAUGACAUAUUUUAUUUCACUAGUGCUACUGAUGGACUGCACAUUGCAGAUAAACUGUCAUCAUGCACGCCAGUGUUUGUAAGUAACAAUCAAAUUGAACAUUUAGUGCCUUUUAACAAAGCUUCCAAACGAUUCCAUGUUCUCUCAGUUGUGAAGCACAUGGAAGAGCUUUUGGAAGAACUUAUGGAAUCUCCUCAAUGGUGCUAAACGUGGAGCUGUUUUCCAUUAUUGGACCUCAAACUAACUCCAUUGACUUGACAUUGCACAAUUGAAGCUGGCCCACAGGUGUGUGCUUAAAGCCAUAAUGUAUAUAUUAUGUUGUUUUUUUUCAACUUCUUGUGUAGACCAACAUUUUUUUUCCUCAGGCAUCUGCAAGACACAUAGUCAGAUCAAACUAUCAGCAAUUAUUCCAGGUCAAUUUAUAAUUUUUUGUACCCACCUGUUUCCAUUCUAUCCCUAUAUUUUCACAGUAAACAAACCAUUUCAUACCUACUGACUUAAACUGAUGUAUUUCUUUAUUUUUCUUAGUAGAGAUGUAUUUUCAUGAAAAUUGAAAUAGAUAUAAUCAUAAUAAGGCUCACAAUUCAUAUCCUUUAGUUUAUUUUAGAAAACCAUCCUUCUGUACAUAGAUGGUAUUAUCUUAAGCAUAUAACCACUUUUCCUUAGAGAAGACAGUAGCUUUGUUUAUAUUUAUUAAAUAGUUACGCAAAUUGAAAUUACGAAGAUAAAUUGGCUUAAUGUAAACAAGGCAAUUUUGGUAAAACACGAUAUUUUCAAUAAAGUUGGAUGGGGUGGUUUUUCA